UGGCCCAAUUGUCAAUACCCCCUUAGGCCUUACUCCCUCAGAAUCGUUUAUAUGAAACCCUAAUUGUUCCUCGCUCUAAACAGGACUCUCUGUUGAAGGGAGGUUUGUCACGCAGUCUCUUCGCGUCUAGCUUUUCAGUUAUCAAUGGCAGUCCCUAAACUUGAUAAGAAGAUCGUUAAGAAGAGGGUCAAGAAGUUCAAAAGGCCCCACAGUGACUGGAAAAUAUGUGUGAAGGAAAACUGGCGUAGACCAAAGGGUAUUGAUUCCCGUGUAAGGCGUAAGUUUAAAGGUGUCACUCUUAUGCCCAACAUUGGUUAUGGUUCAGACAAAAAAACUCGCCACUUUCUUCCCAAUGGUUUCAAGAAGUUUGUUGUCCACAAUGCUAAAGAACUUGAAGUCCUCAUGAUGCACAAUAGAACAUACUGUGCUGAAAUUGCACACAAUGUAUCCACCCGUAAAAGGAAGGAGAUUGUUGAACGUGCAGCUCAGUUGGAUGUGGUUGUUACCAACAAGUUAGCCAGGCUUCGCAGCCAGGAAGACGAAUGAGGUCGAUAGCCAUAGCCCAUUCCCAUUCCGAUUUCGAUUCCCAUUCCCUUUCCCCCCUGUUCUUUCCUUUACAUUCCAAUGUUAAAGAAUCUUGCUAGGAGCAAAGUUUUAAGUGUCUUGAAAUGAUUAUAUUGAAGAAUGAAGAGUAGUUUAUUCUGCUAAUUAAA